CUGAGGUCAACAAUCCGCCAAUCGUUGAUGGAUUGCUGAAAAAUGGGGAAUAAACUCUUUAUUUACGUAGUUUUAGUAGGUCUAGUUAUUGCAAUCAUACAUUGCGGUUCGUCACAUAAUUCUGACCCAUAUUCUGUUAUCGGGGUAGGCAGAACAGCUAGUUCAAAUGAAAUUAAAAAAGCUUACAAGAAACUGGCACGGCAAUGGCAUCCCGAUAAGAACAAAGAAGAUGGAGCUCAGGAGAAGUUCAUCCAGAUUCAGCAAGCCUAUGAGAUCCUCUCGGAUGAGGAAAAGAGAGCUGAGUACGACAACUUCGGUCAUGUGACUUCAGGCAACCAACCCCGUCAGUACCAUAAUGACCACUUCCAUUUCAAUCGUGGAUUUGACAACUUUCAGUUCCGGUUCACCAACCAGGGUUCAUCAGGUUUCGACCCUCGUAGAGUCACCCUGGAGAAAUUUGAGAGUGGUAUAUUACCAGAGAGUCAUCGCAAGCCGUUCUUGUUGUUCGUUACGGGGGAUUGGUGUUUCAGUUGUGUUAGGGUUGAGGGUGUCUGGAACGAGGCUGCUGCUGAUUUAGAAACACUUGGUAUUGGCAUGGGAACUGUUCAUGGAGACUACAGCCGUCCACUGCUCAAGAAACUUGGAGUUUACCAAUGGCCCUCCAUCGUCGGUAUCAUUAAUGGGAAGAUUUACAGCUUCAGUAGAAGUCACAUCAGUAAAGAUACACUCAAGGAGUUUGUUCAGGGUCUCCUCCCAUCUGAUGCUGUAUCUAGAGUUACAGAUGCAAACCAGGAGAGUUUCCUCUCAGGUUGGCAAAGUGACAACAAGCCAAGAUCUCUUCUCUUCUCUCGUCGCUCUUCUCCUUCUCUCCUCUAUCAACUACUAGCGUUUAAACUACAAAACGUACACACGUUUGGCUUCACUCAGAUUGGAGGCAAAGACACCGCAGAGCUAGUGUGGAAGUUUGACAUCUCAUCAACGGAACCAACUCUACUUAUCUUUAAGGAAGAUAAUGAGGAAUAUGUUGAGAAACACCAGUCAUUAAAGAUUGAUAUAUCACUACUUGAAACAGCCAUCAACAACAACCGGUACCUGUUUGUUCCCCGGUUGACCUCACAACAGUUGUACGAAAACAUCUGUGCAGAGUCACCGGUAGCUUAUGGACGAAGUCUCUGCGUCAUUUUGAUAACCAAGAAUCCCUCCAUGCAUAAGGAACAUCUAGACUCCUUCAGGAAUGCUGCAGAGACUCCACACUCGUUCCCACAGGAUACUCACUUUGCCCAUAUCUACCAGGACACGCAAAUGGAGUUAGUUAAGAUUCUCGGGAAGGAGGUUGAUCUGGAUAUGGAAAGCCCAGUGCCGGUUCUCAUUCUCUGGAGACAAAAUGGCAGGAAAGUCAGAUAUGAUUGGCUGCGUGAUGGUUGGCAUGGCAACGAGCCUGAUGAAGACAAGAAGCAAUUGGUCCUUUUCCUGCAACAAGUCCAAGAUGGAACUGUUAGUUUAGACUUCAAGACAACAUUGCCUGAGCUUCUAGAUGAGAAUGCCCCGCAUUUUAUUGUGCAAUGGGUUCAAGGUACAUGGAGUCAAAUCACAGGUCAUUCCUCACAAUUGAAACAAUUCAUCUUUUCUGCAUGGAGUGAAUCUUCCAUAGCAGUUGUUGUGGUUGUAGUCUAUCUACUUGCAUUCUUUCUUGCCUUUGCUGGGCUUCUCAACACAGGAAAGGAAGCCAUGCAGACUCGUAAUGGGAGAAACAGGUCAAACAGUGAAAGUUUUCCAACUGAGGUUAGACGAGGAAGGGAAACGGACUCCAGUACAAGAUCAAGAGAUAUGAUGUUACGUGAGCUGAAUGAAGAGACUUAUGAGCGAUUCUUAGCCACAGGUGGCAAAGGUCAUAUUCUAUUAUUACUUCUCACUGAUGGGAGUAGUCAAGACACAUUAUGUACUCACUUCAGACAAGAGGCACACUCUCAUGUCGUCAGCCAGCCAUAUCUGCUUCCAUCCUUCAUUCGACUAGAUAAAUACAAGCGCUGGCUUAAAAACCUUAUUGCAUGCAGUGAAAAGCCUCUGUCUCUUGAUUCAACUGAUAGUGUUGGUUCUGUGCUCGCAUUGCGACCGUCCAAAAACUACUACUUUGUUUUCAGACCAACACAGUCGGGUCAAAGGUCAAGCAGGCCGAGUAAGGACAUUGACCCCCAAUUUAUAGGUCUUGAUGAUAGUUCAGAAAGUGAGUGGGAGGAGUACAGUGAGUGUAUCUCACUAAAUGGACUACCAAUGUGGUUGGAUCGACUUAUUGAUGGAAGUCUAUCCAAGAUUAAUGUAACUGCGUGGCCAACACUGGAAUAAAAAUGGCUAGAGUCAUUGAAAAAACUGCUGGAGGAAGGACUGACGGAUUCUGACGUUUGACCUAAAUUUGGAUCAUUCAUGCUAAUGAGGAUAGCUGCAGUUAUUGACAACUAUGACUCCUUUCACAAUGCGCAGUGCACUUACGCACGCGGCCCACAUACGCGCGCAGCGCACAUACGCACGCGUCUAGCUCCUCCGCCAUUUUGUGUGUCAAAAUGUGCACACAAGGAAUGGACUCCCCAAAAAAGCAGAAGUGGUACCAUCCUUUUGUGUGCGUUUUGACACCCAGAAUGGCAGACAGGAGACGUGCGUGCAAGUGCUUGCGCGUUGUGCAUAGGGUAUUGUUAUGGUAAUCAGAACCCAGCAAUAGUCAACAGGAUCAUCUGGACACUGUUUGAAUGUUCUACUGAGAGAAGGAUUGGUUUUGCAUCCACUUAUCUGAAUAUCCAACAUGAAAACAUCCUAUAGGCUAUACAUUGUCCAGUUUUUGUAUGACAAGAGAGGGUCCAAACAUUAUGGUCCUCACCAUGCAGCGCCUGCCACACAACCCUGAUUGUUAAAAGUUCAUGGUUUGCCCUUCGCUAGUUAGCAGGACUAGUUAGCAGGACCAUACAGUUAGCUCAUUGUUGAAGUAGUCUGCCAGGUUUUCAACUAGUCAAUAAUUUAAUAGAUGUUUGCAGCAAAGAUUAUAGAGCGUAAGAUAUGGGCUGAAAUGUGAAAUCCCACUGGAAGUCAU